CGGGGCGGGCGGGGCGCGGUCGGCCAAUAAGAGCGGGGGGGGCGGGGCGCGGUGCCGGCCGGUGCCGGAGGUCGGGCGCGGAGCGGCGGCGGUCCGAGGGUUCGCGGGUUCGAGACCCGGCGGGGGCGGGAGGCUCCCCGUCCUUGCAGGCACCAUGUCGUCCGGUCAGGAAUCUGUGUUCUCCGAGUAUGAGGCGGAAAGCAGCCAGACGUCGAAGCUGCUGCGGAAAUUUAAAGAGACGCCGUUUGUGCCCGUCGGGAUGGCUGGCUUCGCCGCGGUGGUGGGCUAUGGGCUCUACAAACUGAAGCACCGAGGGAACAUGAAAAUGUCGCUUCAUCUGAUUCACAUGCGUGUGGCAGCCCAAGGCUUUGUCGUGGGAGCAAUAACGUGUGGUGUGCUGUAUUCAAUGCUACGGGAGUAUGUCAUAAAGCCCAAGGAAUAAUGGAAGAACCUAAACCUCUGUGCUGGUGGUGGCCUGUGUACUGCAGCUAUCAACUUAAUAUUGAGGGGUUCUUGAGGG